AGCGCUCGCCGCGCGCUUUGCCAAAAGCGCGUGUACCACUACACUAAGUGCAAACCACCUUAAAGCAAAGCAGAGCAGACUAGCAGAGCAAAGCAAAGCGUGCCGGCGCGGCGGCUUUGCCACUAAAACCCCCAUCAAACGCUCCACCCAGCCACGAGAAUCAUUAACAUCCCGCACGCGCGCGCGCAGAGAGAGAGAGACAGUGCUUGCCGGCCGGCUCGGGCAGUCGGGCCAUUGAUCAUUCAUGGCGAGACCCUUCCGCCCGGCAUCCCCGCUGCCCCUCCCCUCCAGCAGCACCACCGGCGGCAGCGGCAGCGGGAGCGGGAGCUUCCCGUGGCUGCUCAAGAAGCGCUCGAGCAAGCCGGCACCGAACCGCAGCGCCCAGGAAGCACAAGCAGAGGCGGAGGACCAGGAAGCCGCCAACGCCUACCGCUUCCCCGCGGCGCCUUCCACCAACGACGAGCAGCAGCCCUCGUCUUCCUCGUCUACGGCAGCGGCGUCGAGGCGGAAGCGCGCGGACGCGCUGGCGCGGCUGCGGUCCGCGUUCCGCGCGGCGCUGGCGCACCACCGGCGCCGGCGCCGGGGCCACCAGCAGCUCGGGUCCUCCGUGACGGGCACCAUCUUCGGCCGGCGGCGCGGGCGCGUGCACGUGGCGCUCCAGAGCACGGACCCACGCGCCGCGGCCUCGGGUUCUUCUUCUUCCCCCGUGCUGCUGGUGGAGCUGGCCGCCUACUCCACCGGCGCGCUCGUCAGGGAGAUGUCCUCCGGCCUCGUCCGCCUCGCCCUCGAGUGCGAGAAGCCGCCCCUCAGCCCCGGGGAGAAGAGGAGGCCGCUGCUGGAGGAGCCGACGUGGCGGGCGUACUGCAACGGGCGAAAGUGCGGGUACGCGGUGCGGCGGGAGUGCGGCGCCGACGAGUGGCGCGUGCUGGCCGCCGUCGAGCCGGUGUCCGUCGGCGCCGGCGUGCUCCCGGACGACAAUGGCGGCGGCGGCGGAAAUGAGGGCGAGGGGGACCUGAUGUACAUGCGGGCCAGGUUCGAGCGGGUGGUCGGGUCCAGGGACUCGGAGGCGUUCUACAUGAUGAACCCCGACGGCAGCGGCGGGCCCGAGCUCAGCAUCUACCUGCUCAGAGUCUGAUCAAGAAUCGAAAGAUCGAGCCGGAGCCCGGAGGAGUUGAUCUCUUCGUGUUUGGAUUUUGUUGUACAAGUCCUCGUGCAUGCAUAAUUACCUGGGUUUGUGUUUUUUUUUUCUUCCUCCCUCUUGGCUUCUUCCAUGCAUGUAAUUCUGUGCCGGCGUUAAUUGGCUGGCCAUGUACAGUGUCAGUAUGUACAAUAUCAUUGAUCGCUAUAUUACGUGCUUAAUAAUACGGGAGGCAAGCAAAGCCUAGCUUAGCCGCUGGUUGAGCAAA